AUGGUAAUUAUCGAAUUUAAUUUGAAGAAGCAUUCCAAAUCCAAGGUAGAAAGGGUAAAUAUUAGACUCAAACAAGCUCGGCCGCCACCUGCCCUGUUGAGUCCGACCGCCGCCUCCUUGACGUUGAAGCUGGAGUCCACCGCACCCAAUAUCGACGGCGAAGAUGCUGCCAAUGACGAAGAGCAACACGAGGAUGCCAGCAGCGGGUUGUCGCUGCCCUCCUCCGGUGAAAUGAGCAACGUUCGCCAUUGUGCAAGGCGUGGGUGUGGAUACGAAGUUCUUGGGGCUGCCGGUGGUUUUACACCACCGUUGUUGGUGUUUCCGAUCGUUGGAAUACCAAGAACAACCACCGCCACCGUGAACCACCGUGUUUUUGGGUGUGUGUUAGCAUUAGUUUCGAGAAUCUAUCAUCCAGCAGAUGGGGUUGAGUCUGCGAGGCUUCAGCAAGUGUGA